GGAGAGGUCUCCCUAUGUAGUGGGCAGGUGCUGAAAAGGUUCAGUGGGGACUCCAGGCGCCCUGGGGUGGGGGCAGAGUCCCCCUGCAGCCUAGGCUGCUCUGAAGGGACGGGCAGUAUAGACAGCUUUGCAGCCAGGGUCCUGGGUUGCAGCCCCUAGGCAGUGACAUUAAAGCUUUUUGAGCCUGCUUUUCCUUGGAGAGCGGGGAGUAUUCCCUGCCCCAGCCUCAAGCAGCCCGCGCCUUUUGCUGACUUAUCGGCUCCAGCUGCAGACAGAUGGGCCCACACCCCUAACAGCAGAGCCCAGAGAGGACACGCUUGCCCCAUCACGGGUGUCAUCCCAGGGAAGGAAGCUGGAGCCCCUGCUCUCCUCCUCCUUGAGUCAGUACGUGUGUGGACGUGCAUGCACCUGGCCUCACCUGCGCCCAAGCCCUCCGGCCACCCUAGGACUGAGGUCAGUGCGGGAGCCCUUGGCCGGCUUGAGAUAGCCUCCGCCUCCAGGACCACUGGCUGCCCACAAGAGAUGAAGGAUGGCAUCCAAGGGGGCCGGCAUGUCCUUCUCCCGCAAGAACUACAGGCUGACCUCAGAUGCCGAGAAAUCCAGGGCCACAGGCAUUGUGCACGAAAAGCUACUGAAUGACUACCUGCACCGUGUCUUUUCCUCUCCUGACCAGGCACCCACUGCAGCCACCAGCAGGAAACCCCUGAACUUCCAGAACCUGCCGGAACACCUGGACCAGCUGCUGCAGGUGGACAGUGAGGAUGAGGAGAGCCAGGGACAGGCGGAAGGGCGGCUCGGCCCCUCCACUGUGGUGCUGGACCACACGAGUGGCUUCGAAGGGCUGCUGCUGGUGGACGAUGACCUCCUGGGGGUGAUCGGACACAGCAACUUCGGUACCAUCCGCUCGACCACGUGUGUGUACAAAGGGAAAUGGGUCUACGAGGUGCUCAUCUCCUCCCAGGGCCUCAUGCAGAUCGGCUGGUGCACCAUCAACUGCCGCUUCAACCAGGAGGAGGGGGUCGGAGACACGCACAACUCCUACGCCUAUGAUGGCAACCGGGUGCGCAAGUGGAACGUGACCACGACGAAUUACGGCAAGGCGUGGGCCGCGGGGGACAUCGUCAGCUGCCUGAUCGACCUGGACGACGGCGCUCUGUCCUUCUGCUUGAACGGCGUGUCGCUGGGCACCGCCUUCGAGAACUUCUCCCGGGGCCCGGGCAUGGCCUACUUCCCGGCCAUCAGCCUCUCCUUCAAGGAGUCCGUGGCCUUCAACUUCGGCAGCCGUCCUCUGCGCUACCCAGUAGCGGGCUACCGGCCCCUGCAGGACCCGCCGCGGGCCGACCUGGCGCGGGCGCAGAGGUUACUGGGCUGCUUCCGGGCAGUGCUCAGUGUGGAGCUGGACCCCGUGGAGGGGCGGCUGGUGGAGAAGGAGAGCUCGGAGUGGCAGCUGCAGGGCCAGCCCACCGUCCUGCUCACGCUGGCCCACAUCUUCCACCACUUUGCCCCGCUGCUGCGCAAGGUGUACCUGGUGGAGGCCGUGUUCACGAACUUCCUGCUGGGCGUCAUGGAGGCGGGCACCCCCACGCAGGCGCAGGCUGUGGUGCGCCAGGUCCUGGACCUCCUGUGGCUCUUCAUGGAGGACUACGAGGUGCACGACUGCCUCAAGCAGCUGAUGAUGUCCCUGCUGCGGCUGUACCGGUUCUCGCCCAUCGUCCCGGACCUGAGCCUGCAGGUCCGCUACCUGCAGCUCACCAUCGCCAUCCUGAAGCACGAGAAGUCCCGCAAGUUCCUGCUUAGCAACGUCCUCUUCGACGUGCUGCGGUCUGCUGUCUUCUUCCACAUCAAGAGCCCGCUGCGCGUGGAGGAGGCCGGCCUGCAGGAGCUCAUCCCCACCACCUGGUGGCCCCACCGCUCAGGACGGGAGGGCAAAGACGGCAAGGAGACCAAGGACGAGACGGCCGAGGAGCGGCUGCGAAGGCGUGCCUACGAGCGGGGCUGCCAGAGACUCAAGAAACGCAUCGAAGUGGUGGAAGAACUGCAGGUCCAGGUCCUGAAGCUGCUGUUGAACAAUAAAGAUGACAACGGGGGUGAAGCUUCCAGGUACAUCUUCCUGACCAAGUUCCGCAAGUUUCUGCAGGAGAAUGCCAGCAGCCGGGGGAACAUACCCCUGCUCUGCCCCCCCGAGUACAUGGUCUGCUUCCUGCACCGGCUGAUCUCUGCGCUGCGCUGCUACUGGGACGAGUACAAAGCUGCCAACCCCCACGCCUCCUACAGUGACGAGGCCUACGUCCCACCCCAGGUCUUCUAUAACGGCAAGGUGGACUACUUCGACCAGCAGCGCCUCGGAGGCCUCCUCUCACACCUUCGGAAGACCCUCAAGGAUGACCUUGCCUCCAAGGCCAACAUCCUGAUCGACCCGCUGGAGCUGCAGGCGGCCACCAUGGACGACCUGGACGAGGACGAGGAGCCGUCCCCGGCUGCGGCCCAGCGCCCCGUGCAGGCCCUGGCCAUUGGGGGCGCCCUGCCCCUGCCCCGGCCCGGCUGGCUCAGCUCUCCGACCCUGGGCCGCGCCAACCGCUUCCUCAGCACCGCGGCCGUGAGCCUGAUGACCCCCCGGCGGCCUCUGAGCACCGCGGAGAAGGUGAAGGUCCGCACGCUGAGCGCGGAGCAGAGGACCCGCGAGGACAUUGAAGGCAGCCACUGGAACGAGGGCCUGCUGCUGGGGCGGCCCCCCGAGGAGCCGGAGCAGCCCCUCACGGAGAACUCCCUGCUGGAGGUCCUGGACGGCGCCGUCAUGAUGUACAACCUCAGCGUCCACCAGCAGCUGGGCAAGAUGGUGGGCGUGUCGGACGAUGUCAACGAGUACGCGACGGCCCUGAGGAACACCGAGGAGAAGCUCCGCCGCUGCCCCGCACGGCGGCAGGACAUCCUUGCAGAGCUGACCAAGAGCCAGAAAGUUUUCUCAGAGAAGCUGGACCACCUGAGUCGCCGUCUUGCCUGGGUCCAUGCCACUGUCUACUCCCAGGAGAAGAUGCUGGACAUCUACUGGUUGCUGCGCGUCUGCCUGCGCACCAUCGAGCACGGCGACCGCACGGGGUCGCUCUUCGCCUUCCUGCCCGAGUUCUACCUGAGCGUGGCCAUCAACAGCUACAGCGCUCUCAAGAAUUACUUCGGCCCGGUGCACAGCAUGGAGGAGCUCCCUGGCUACGAAGAGACCCUGACCCGCCUGGCCGCCAUCCUUGCCAAACACUUCGCCGACAGCCGCAUCGUGGGCACUGACAUCCGGGACUCGCUGAUGCAGGCGCUGGCCAGCUACGUCUGCUACCCACACUCCCUGCGGGCCGUGGAGCGCAUUCCCGAGGAGCAGCGCAUCGCCAUGGUGAGGAGCCUCCUGGCCCCCUACGAGCAGCGGCCCUGGGCCCAGACCAACUGGAUCCUGGUGCGGCUCUGGAAGGGCUGCGGGUUCGGGUACCGCUACACGCGGCUGCCACACCUGCUGAAGAUCAAACCCGAGGACGCCAACUUGCCCAGCCUCCAGAAGCCCUGCCCCUCCACGCUGCUGCAGCAGCACAUGGCGGACCUGCUGCGCCAGGACCCGGACCUGGCGCCCAGCUUCCUCAACAGCGUCCUCAACCAGCUCAACUGGGCCUUCUCGGAGUUCAUCGGCAUGAUCCAGGAGAUCCAGCAGGCGGCUGAACGCCUGGAGAGGAACUUCGUGGACACCCGGCAGCUCAAGGUGUGUGCCACCUGCUUCGACCUCUCGGUCAGCCUGCUGCGUGUCCUGGAGAUGACCAUCACCCUGGUGCCCGAGGUGUUCCUCGACUGGACCCAGCCUGCCUCCGAGAUGCUGCUGCGCCGUCUGGCACAGCUACUGAACCAGGUGCUGAACCGGGUGACGGCUGAGAGGAACCUGUUUGACCGUGUGGUCACCCUGUGGCUUCCUGGCCUGGAAAGCGUGGACCACUACCCUAUCCUGGUGGCAGUGACAGGCAUCCUGGUGCGGCUGCUGGUGCAUGGCCCAGCCUCAGGGACAGAGAGAGCCACAUCAGUGCUGCUGGCCGACCCCUGCUUCCAGCUCCGCUCCAUCUGCUACCUUCUGGGGCAGCCGGAACCCCCUGCUCCUGGCACCGCCCUGCCUGCCCCUGACCGGAAGCGCUUUUCCCUACAGAGCUAUCCAGACUACAUCAGUGCUGAGGAGCUGGCCCAGGUGGAACAGAUGCUGGCCCACCUGACCUCUGCAUCUGCCCAGGCGGCAGCCGCCUCCCUGCCCACCAGCGAGGAGGACCUCUGCCCCAUCUGCUACGCUCACCCCAUUUCUGCUGUGUUCCAGCCCUGUGGCCACAAAUCCUGCAAAGCCUGCAUCAACCAGCACCUGAUGAACAAUAAGGACUGCUUUUUCUGCAAAGCCACCAUCGUGUCUGUAGAGGACUGGGACAAGGCAGCCAACUCGAGUGCCACUUCCUCAGCUGCCUAGGUUGGUCCCCACAGCAGGGGCCUCCGCGAGAGCCCAGGCCCAGGCUGGGCCCUAUUUACGAGCGCCCCUUGCCAGCCCCCACACCUCCCACCACCCAUCCCACCUUCCUGUCUGUGCGCAACCUCAGCGGUGGGAGCCCAGCCACACCCUCGUUGUGCCUGAGCUUGACUCUCAGUCGGGGCCACAGUGAGCAUUAAAUUAUUAUUCCAUACA